AUGGUUAUUGGUUCAUCAGAACCACUUAAGCUGUACGUAGUUGAUGUUAAGGACGGCGAUUUCGGUGACGCUAAAGGAGCUGACAUUUUUACAUGUGCUGAAUUUGAUGAAUCUGGUGAUUAUUUGGCAGCUGGUGAUAAGUCUGGCCACAUAUAUAACCCAGUGUACAAUAUGUUUUGCGCAUUUACUAGUCAUGAAGCCGAGUUCGAUUACUUAAAGUCCUUGGAAAUCGAGGAGAAAAUUAAUGCUAUAUGCUGGCUACCAACUGUCAACAAUUCAUUGCAUUUACUUUCGACAAACGACAAAGUCAUAAAGUUGUGGCGCAUGUCUGAACAGUCUCCCUUUGCCUAUAACUUCAAUUUCCGCGCCGAUGAAAAGGAAGGCGAAUGCAGUGGUGAAAUUGAAAUGCUGUCAGAAGGGUGUGAAGCCAACGCCUCAGUAAAACCGGACAGUUGUGCCAUUAAUAACUCCUGUCUCAAAAAGGCUGCCUCUUGCACUUCCCUACGAAUUCCUCGCUACAGGAAACGUAAAAAUCUUACCAUUGAAGUCCGUCCACGAAGGAUCUAUGCGAACGCCCACACCUACCACAUCAAUGCUAUUUCACCUAACUCUGAUCAGGAGACAUUUAUAUCUGCUGACGAUCUUCGCAUUAAUUUGUGGCAUCUAGACGUCCCUGACCAGUCAUUCACAAUCGUGGAUAUAAAGCCGGAAAACAUGGAGGAGUUAAACGAAGUGAUCACUUGCUCCCGUUUCCAUUCCGAACUCUGCUACAUGUUCGGCUACUCCACCAGUCGUGGCGUGGUUCGUCUGUGUGACAUGCGUGCAAGAGCUCUGUGUGAUAAUCACGUUCUCGUGUUGGAUGACCCCUCACUGUCACAGAACCGCGGUUUCUUUUGCGAUAUCAUCUCCAGUCUUUCCGAUUUCCGAUUUGACCACUCUGGAAAUUACAUUCUUGCAAGAGAUUACCUCAAUCUCAAGGUUUGGGACAUGCGAAAAGGCGAACGACCCUGCGAGGUCUACUCAGUUCACGAACCUCUGCGCUCGCAACUGUGCAUGCUCUAUGAGUCUGAUGCCAUCUUUGACAAAUUCCUCUGCUCGUGGUCUGAGGAUGAUCGCUACGUAUUUACCGGUUCCUACGGCAACGUGCUGCGCAUCUUCGAUCGCCACCAGGGCACCGACUGGGCCUACGAUCUGGGGGAGUCGAACGUGCGUUUAACAGUCGCCACCAAUACCACUGCUUUCCCUCUCUCUGUCCCUCCUACUCUCAACCUUCGCUCUCAUCGAUCCCGCCUCCAACCAAAACGCUUCAUUUCACCGGACUCCGAGGUGGCCUCGCGCUUUCAACUCCAGGCCGUGUGCCUGGCCAACGCGUCAGCUCUGGACGCUUUGGUCACUGUCACUUCUCCCUCUUCCUCCUCAUCCGUCACCACCACAUCCAAUAAGAGCGAACACAACGUUCUUGCUUCUCCUGUUGUCGCUGGUUCAAAACGUCGCAAACAGACUCUUCUUCCAGUUCCGCGUCCCUAUGACGACGAGGAAGAAGAAGACGACGAGGAAGAUGAUGAUGGGGAGGAUGUGGAUGAGGACAGUGAUGAGUUUGAAACCGUUGGAGGUGAGGACCUUGUGGAUGGAAUUCGCCGCGAUCCCUCCAAAGUUAACGGAAGGUCAUCAUCGGCGUCAGUAGCAGCAAGAUCGAUGCUCAUGGGGCUGCGGGAGAUUGACUAUAAGCGGCGCUUUCUACAAGUGGCGUGCCAUCCACAACGUCUGCUCUUUGUGGCGAUGAGUGGAAAGGAAAUGUUCUUUGUCGCUGGCAAGGAAACGUCUUCAGCGGCGGGGACUCCUCGGUGUCCGGAAAAUGAGGAGAUAGGGUUGGAGAAAUGCAGGGAGAAUGUGGAUGGAAGUGUAAAUUCAAGCCACCCGCCGGUGAGCAGUCCUCUUGAUAUCAAAGCCGCCAAGAGGCGACGACGAAGAAAGGGCGAAACUGAGGUGCAAAUGAUGUCGAGCCUGACGGAUUUGCCAUCUGGCUCGCCACCGGCAGGGCAGACUGACGAUACAGCGGUGUUGGCAACAGCAACAGCUGCAUUGAUUGAAAAGAGGCGGUCAGUAUUGGAAGAUGUUGAUGAAGGAGGAAAAGUGACAGAGGACAAGCCUCGGGCAAAAAGACACGCUGCUGACUUCACUGCGGACAUGGAGUUUGAGUAG